AUGGCUAGCUCAUCUAACUUGAAUGCGAUUAAAGAAUUUAUUUGGUUUAAUUUAAAGAUCGAAAACCAUCUUAUAUAUAAGAUGGGAUUGGAGCUGCAAAACCCUAUCAAAACUCUCGCAAAUUUGAACAUCUUUAUUUACGAUCCGUUGAUAAGUGAAAUUUUACAAUGGAAGUCCGGAGUUAAAACCCAGACAUUUUCAAUACUGUACGAAUUUUUUCAAUUAAGAUAUGAUGCUAGAGAUAGACGAGAGUUUACAACGUUGCAGAAAUGUGCUGCGGCCAUUCGUUUGAUGGCUAUGGGGGAGUCACCCGACACCAUGGAUGACUAUAUGAGAAUGUCCGAAAGAACCGCAAUAGAGAGUUUGUAUACAUUGUCAAGGGGUGUUGUUGAAGCUUUUGGAGACGUGUAUUUGCAGAAACCUUCGUCGCAUGCUUUGCAAGAAUUGUAUGUGCUGCAUGAAGAACGCCAUGGGUUUCCCGGAAUGAUAGGAAGCAUUUAUUGCACACACUGGAAAUGGAAAAAUUGUCCGGUAGCAUGGAAAGGGAAAUACGCAAGUGGUCAUCACGGAUCAUCUUCGUUGGUGUUAGAGUAUUCCACAUUCGUGAAGGCAUUCCGCCACCCGGUUGAAGAACAAAACAAAUUUUUUAAGAGAAGACAAGAAGGAGCAUGUAAGGAUGUGGAACGUGCUUUUGGAGUGCUGAAGGUGAAGUGGCAUAUAGUCGAACAUGCAGCGCGACCAUUGGAUUUAGAAACUCUACGAUAUAUCAUGUAUGCAUGUAUCAUAAUGCAUAACAUGGUAGUAGAAGAUAAAGGGAGAAAUAUUGCACACUAUAUCCUAACGGAGCCCAGACACGUUCAAUUUCAACCAGGAACAACAGAUUAUUUGCAUCGUGUUGUUGACAUUCAGGACGCAAAUAAACACAGACAACUUCGAGAGGACUUGGCAGAUUAUAUCUUCUAUGGUAACAAUAACGAUAACGAAUAG